AUGAAGGAACCCGUCAAGCCAACGGUCAAACUAGCUGAAAUUCCUCCACGAGAGCCGAGAUUCACACCGGAGCAAGAGCGAAUCUACGCGAGACUCAGCGUUCAUGAUCCAUUUAAUAUGUUGAGCGAGCAGCACAAGGCAAAUCUCAUCCAGCUGAUGACCCACGGACUUGGGUACCGUCCAAUUCAAUUAUCUUGA